CCACUGGCUCUGAUCCUCAUCGUCGUCGGAAUUCUUCUUUUCCAUUGCGGAUAUGCAGCUCAUCUUUUGGAUAAUCACGGUGAAAUCCCAAUCAAAAAGACAACUACAACCACAACCACAACAGUAAUGGAUCCAGAAUCUCACGAAGACGAGAUCAGACUAUUUGAGACUGUACAUAGAGAGCAAGUUCCAAAUGAAAGACAAAGAUUCUGGCAAUUUGACGAGAAUCUCUCAUGGCAAGCAGCUUCAAAUCCGUAUCCAAUUCAGCA